GUGUUCAGGGAAUGGUUACCGGCGAUUAGCGAAAUUCCAUCAGACAUGGCGGACGAAGCUGUUGCCAAGGCAGGAUUGCACUUCGAUGAGUUGAAUAAAAUCAGGGUAUUGGAACCUGAAAUUCACCAGCAGACAUCAGAAUUGAAAGAAGAGUGUCAGGAGUUUGUAGAAAAAAUUGGCAGCUUUCAGACAAUAGUUGAAGGGUUGAUUAAGAUGGUGGAUUCACUGGCAAAAGAAGUUGAGAAAGAAAAAAUGAAGGCCAUUGGAUCUCGUAACUUGUUGAAGUCCAUUGCCAAGCAGAGAGAAGCCCAACAACAGCAGUUGCAGGCUUUGAUAGCAGAGAAGAAGACACAACUCGAAAGAUAUCGGAUACAAACCGCCGCACUGCAGAAGGAAGAAACAGAGCAAAAUGAAUUCAUUGAGCAAUUUAUCUUGCAAAAAUGAACAGUCGCCGAUAUUCAGUCCUCAGCCUUCUUUUGCCAUGAAGCUUCUUGAUUGUCUCCAAAAAUACAGUACAGUGGUCGUGAAACCGAAGGUACAUUUUCAUUACCAGUGGGAGAAAUUUGGGGGAUUGGGUCCAUUAUUGGUUCUAAGCCACCAAAGUAUUGCCAAACUCAGAGCUUAAAUCAUCAGAGGGUCCUGGGUGUGAGGCAUCAGUGGACAUGACCCCAGAACUAAAUGUUUAUGGGGGAACAUAUCGAGCGAAAGGCAAGUUUGCCAGACUGUUUUAUUUCCCUUCCUCCACAAAGAGUGUAAGCCCCCCUCCACGAAAAAUAGCUUCAACCCCUAGAAUGGAGUGUUUCCUGUCAAUAUUAUUUAGAGACCGGUGGCUAGCUACGGUUUAACGGGUGUGAUUAGCCAUGUCAAUUUGGAUGCGGAAUAUUUAAACUUUUGCCAGGCCAAUAGUAAUGCUUUAACAUGAAAUAUGUUUCAGCAGGGAGGCGAAUAAAACACGAGUACCUGUCCUUGCUAAACCUCUGUUCAUCACAAUGUGGUAAUUAAUUUUUCAAUGAUAAUCAUCGAUAAAUCGUUUGACGGCAAUUUAUUUCAGUCAGUGGUUAUUGUGUGUCAUUUUAGAUAACUGAACAAUUUAUGGUGAAAUUAUUUUCGGCAGCGAAGAAGAAAAAGCAAAUAUGCUAUCAGCUCCCGCUGGAUUUGUGCAUUGAGCGGGCAUCCCUUUUCUCAUUUACAUACACCCGGCAGGAUUCUGCCGGAUUCAUUACCCCCUACUGGUCCCUACGUUCAGAGGACGUCUGUAACUGACGUCUGGAGACUAGGCACGGACGGGAACCAGUGUACCUUUAGAAAGGCCAAGAAAGGUUACUUAAUGAUAUUCCUAAGUUAUUUACAGAAAAAAUUUGGACUCGCCCAUUUCAGGUGAUAAAGCAGUACUAUACCGUCUACUUACAGAAGAUUGUGUGGGGUGUUCUUGGUUUUUGAGUUCCCUGACAUUGCCAAUAAUUUGUUAUAUAUAAGAUCAAUAAGAUCAUAUACAUGAUCAUAUAAGAUAAGACCAGGCCGGACAAAAUGAGUCUUUAGUCGCCGGAGCCACUUUUGAGUUGAAGGCCCUUCAAAGAGUUUUCCACGGCGGAGAUCAGUAGGAAUCCUUGGCAUUUUUCACCCACCUAAUGUUUCUUAUGAUGACUAAAGCAAAGUUAUUGGAGGAACAGUGGCUUCAAGACCCAUUUAGUGAAAUCCGGUCGCAUAUCUGCCACUGUAGGCAAACUUAAGAAGUUAUUUUUGUUCAUCAUUUAGAGGGAUGUAUCUCCAAAGUGACUUCUGUUAAAUUGGAAAAUAUGAAAAUGCAAAUAUGGAUACUGUUCAAGUCCGAAUGCUUGACGUCUGUGA